AUGACGCCAACACCGCCCUCUACCACAUCUUCGAAUUCCGGAGGCUUCUCUCCAGAUGCCAACUUCCGAGUUGUACGGAAGAGGAACAGGGUCCCGUUGUCAUGCGGGCCGUGUAGACACAGGAAGUUGAAGUGUAAUCGGUCGAAUCCAUGCGAGAACUGCAUUAGGAGAGGUGACGCAUCCUCUUGCUCGUAUGCUGCGCCUAGUAGGCGCAAGAAGAACCAAAGUCAAGGAGCAACCAGCCCUGAUGAUAUGCAAAACCGUAUUGACCGUUUAGAAGGCUUAGUCCUAUCGUUGAUGACCAAUGGUGCCCAGUCUGCUGGCCCAACGGCGGCAGCUGCUGCUAUUUCUCGUUCGCAAAGUGACAGUGCUGGCUCGUCUGCUUAUCCCCUUGAGUUGGACCACGAUGAGGAUGACAUGAUUAAGGAAGAAGACGAAGGUGAAGGUAGCGAGGUCGAAGGUGUAACUAACUCUUUGGGUCAUCUAAAGGUUGAUGUAGAUAAAGGCAAGUCGAUGUACGUGGGAGAUUCGCAUUGGCAUUCGGUGCUUGCAGAUAUUGCCGAAGUCAAGAACUACUUUGAAUUGCAUAAGAAAGAUUUCCAAAGGAAUUAUGAGAAGAUCCGACAAUCGAAACCUAGCAGCGCCGUUGAUGGCCCAGCAUUUUUGUUCAAUUCGCAUGGCCCCGUCACAGACACAGAACUGCGAGAGGAAGUGCCUACGAAAUCAGCCGUGGAUAAGCUGGUGACUCGAUACUUCAACUCGUAUGAUCCUGCCGUACACAUCCUUCAUUCUCCAACUUUUCACAAACAACUCCACAAUCACUGGCAGGAUCCGACGAAAACAUCAAUAGUCUGGCUAGGGCUCCUUUAUUCUAUCCUCUGCCUUGCCAUGCAAUCUUACAACAAGAUUGGAGACGAGCCACUUGAAUGGAAAGGUCGUACUCUGGAAUUAGCUGCAGAAUAUCGCUUGCGAACUGUGCAAUGCCUUGUCAAUUCGGAAUAUACAAAAUCUUCUAUAUACACGGUUGAGACACUCAUCCUUUAUGUCCACGGAGAAUAUCAAAGCCGCUGGGAUGCAGAAGUUGGUAUUUGGGUCAUAGUGGGGAUGAUUGUGAGGCUGUCAAUGAGAAUGGGUUACCACCGUGAUCCAAGCAAUUAUCCGGGGAUCACCCCUUAUCAAGGCGAGAUGAGGCGACGGGUAUGGACAUUUGUGCGACAGAUAGACACAAUGUUUUCAUUCCAGCUGGCCUUGCCCAGUAUGAUUAGGAAUAGCGAUUGCGACAGCGCUCUACCCCGGAAUAUUUUCGAAGAUGAAUUUGGUCCAGAUUCAAAGGUUCUGCCGCCUGCAAGACCCUUCUCCGAGCCUACCCCAAUAUCAUAUAUGAUAACGAAGGCUCAUAUCUCUUACGAGUUUGGCGCAAUACUGGAGGAGAUAAAUGCUGUCAAUGCUAAAUCUGUCACCUAUGAUGAGAUACUGAAGCGCGACAACCGAUUACGGGAUUUGAGAAACAAUAUGCCACCACAUCUCCGCCUCCGUCCUUUGGAAGAAUGUAUGCAUGACCCCGCCACGCUGCUGAUGCAACGUUUCAAUGUCGAUAUCUUCUGGCAAAAGACUAUGUGCGUCCUUCAUCGCAAAUACAUCGCUCGAGCUCGACAAAAUCCUCGCUAUUCCCACUCACGUCGCGCAUGUGUUGAUGCCUCGAUGGAAAUCCUUCGCCAUCAAGCGAAACUCCAUCGGGAAUCUCAACCUGGUGGUCGCAUGCGUGCCAUGAAAUGGUUCAUUUCAUCACUUACAAAACAUGACUAUCUGCUUGGAGCGAUGAUCGUGUGUCUUGACCUGCACUAUGAUCAAGUCUCGGAGUCUUUAGCCGAGCGCCCCCCAAAUUAUAACCCAUGUUUUUGGACUUCUGCUCAGCGUACUGAGAUGCUCAAGACUCUUGAGGCGUCCCAGAUAAUCUGGAAGGAAUCUGCCGAGACGUCCAUGGAAGCUUACAAGGCAUCAAACAUCCUGAGAGUAAUGCUGGAAAAGCUGAAUUCUCCUAAGACUCAGGCCCCGGAGGGCCCCACUACCGCUGAAGUUUUCGCGCAAUUCGACGAGGACAGCUUGAAGCCUGAGCAUUCAGCGGCGAUGACGCUGGGAAUGCUAUCGGGCGGGUUGACACCCAAUUCUGCUGCCUUAUUUAGUUCUAUGGCUCAGUCCCCUGGCGGCACAAGAUUCGCUAAUAUGGAUACAAAUAUGGCUGAGCCCUUGGUAAGCACGGGACUCACGCCGUCAAAUUUCCAAACGGAGAAUACAAAUCCAUUUGCUUCGAUGAAUAGCGUUGCAUCACCUUUUUCAGUCUUUAAUAACGCGGCAAGCGGCACGGGAAUGAUGGAUGUGCCGGCGAAUCUAGACUGGGAUGCAUGGGAUUCAUAUAUACAGAACGGGAACUCAGUCGACCCAGCAUUCCAAUUCUACCCUACCUCAAUCGAUCAGCAGCAGUUAAGUCCGGAUGGGCAGCAACCCGAUCCGUCCUCGACAUUCGGCAAUAGUGUCUUUAUGGGGGCGAAUACACCGGGUCGAUGA